AUGCCCUCCUCCCACCGCCACCAGCGCAGCGGCACCCGGGCGGCCCAGCCCAAGUCGGCCAACCGCCUUGCCGCCGCGUCUGUCCUCCUGCUGGCGUCGUCACCACACCUCGUCAACACCGCCGCCGCUGCAACAGUGUACCGUGAUGCCCCAUGCUUCGAGGCAUGCCAGACCACGCUCAGGUCAAUACGCUUCACUGACGCCGCCACGCCACCAGCACCACCGGGUCUCCGCCCGUGUGAGGGCAGGCUCGCUGCGUCGUCGUUGUUUCUAUGUGCGACAGAGUACUGCACUGUCACCGAGCGGACCGCUGGGCUGGCGUUUGUGAACGAGACGUGUCACCGCAAGACGGGGGCGUGGCUGCCCCCAUUGAGCAUCAUUGCAGAUUACACGGACGAGGAUGUCGCGCGGCUGCACCGGUUCGAGAGAGAGGAUCUGAGCGGCGGCAAGGAUCUGGUGUUCGAUGAGCCGGUGUUACCGUCGGAGACGUUGUUAGGGCUGAUGCAUGAUACCCUGGCGGCAUGGGCAGCAGUAUGGAAGAAGCACUUGGAAUAUAGCCUUGGGCUGUUCGUCUUUUGGACGGCAGUAAUUGCCAUAGGCCUGUCCUAUCGGUUUCUGGGCAGGUGGGAUCGCCAUAAGUCUACCAAGCGUAACGGCUGGAUCCCACUUGAUGACUCUGAAGAUGAGGAGCUUGGUUCCUCGUUCAAGUCAUCAAGCAGGACGAGCCUGCCACACCAGUGGAUUAAGCGAUACAUCACUAUCCCUGCAACGUUUGGCCAGAAAAGCUCGCAGUCGUUUGGCUGGUACACGGUCCCCCCUCGAGUCCAGACUCUUACCCUCGCGACCUUUGUCGUCAUGAACAUCGCUUUCUGUUGCCACGGCUAUUGGGUAUUUCCGGGUAACAUGUACUGGGCCGAUACGCGCACGCAGUGGCUGCGUUAUGUGGCUGACCGCACCGGCAUCAUCUCGUUUGCCAACUUCCCGCUUAUCUGGUUGUUCGGCAUGCGCAACAAUCUCCUCAUGUGGCUCACUGGGUGGGACUUCGGCACGUACAACAACUUCCACCGCUGGGUGGCGCGGGUGUCUACGGUACAGGCGAUUGUCCACUCUGUUGCUUACACCAUCCAGGUGUUUGACAGCUCUGGCUGGGAUGGUUUUGUGGCCUAUUUUGACGAGUUCUUUUGGUGGACUGGGGAGAUCGCGACCAUCCUAAUGAGCCUCCUUCUCGGCUUGUCGCUCUUUUGGUUCCGGAGGAACACGUAUGAGCUGUUUCUGAUAAUCCAUAUUGGCUUCUCCGUCAUCAUUUUGUACACAAUGUGGGCCCACGUCACCAUCUUCAACGGCCGUUUUGACCCGCCGAUAUGGACAUGCUGCGCAAUCUGGGUGGCAGAUCGUAUCAUGCGCAUGGCCCGCACGAUAUCAUUCAACCCCCGAUUCUGGUCGACCAUCGCUGAAGCCACAUAUGACUCCGACGCAAACAUGGUGCGCGUGAGUGUGCCUGCAUCUAGGUCGCUCUAUAAGCCCAAGCCAGGGACAUUUUACUACCUCCAUGUGCUCAACGACAAACGUUUCUGGGAAAGUCAUCCUUUUACCAUGGCCAAGCUGAGCGUCGUCGCUGGAGCUUCUGCGACAACACCAGCAAUGUCCGACGAGGAGGAUCACCUGCUCGCAUCACCUAAGCCUGCUGCACGAUCCUUGGGCAGGAGGCACAAGAACAGCAAAUGCAAGGAUGCAUCGACCAUGAAGUUCCUCAUUAGACCAUACGACAGCUUCACGGGCCGUCUGCGAGAUUCUGCGGCUGCGCUGUCUGAGAUGGGCCCGCUUGGUCCAGUACCUACUCGUCUGCGCGUACUAAUUGAGGGACCGUACGGGCACACCCAGCCGUUCGAGAGAUACGACAACUUGUUGUUCGUAGUUGGCGGCAGCGGGAUUGUCGUGCCACUGGCAUACAUAACACAAUUGCUACAAUCAUCUCCAGUACAGUCAGAACAGUCAGCACAAAGAGGGCACCGAACUCGACGGCCCUCAGCGGCUUCUAUAGCCUCCCAUCUGUCCCGGCACGCCAACAGCCGGACCCGCGCGAUCCGCAUCAUCUGGGCCGUGCGCGAGUCCGCGCUCGCGGACUCAGUGCUCCGCGACGACUUUGAUCAGGACGUGCUUGCCGACGAGAGGCUCAGCAUACAUGUAUAUGUCACCAAGGCGCAGCCUCACAGCGACGACAUACUCCUCCAGCAGCAGCAGCAGCAGCAUGACGAAGGUGGCAUUACUUCAUCGGUCACUGACACAGCCACGACAAGCGCCCCCAACGUCAAGAUUCUCCACGGCCGUCCUCUCGUGCCAGCCGAGAUUGACGACUUCGCCGCGGACUUUUCGCACGGCUCGCUGGCAGUGGUUGCGUGCGGACCGGGCAAGAUGGCAGACGACGCGAGGCGGACGGUGGUGGACAUGCAAGGGGGCGGCGGCGGCGGCGGCUUGCUCAACGAGACCAAGAAUUUGCAGAAGAGGAGAACGGUGGAUUACUUUGAGGAGAGCUUCAACUGGUGA